UUUGACUGCAGUAUAUUUGCAAGAAUGCCUGUGUAUAUUCGUAAAACGAUGGUGAUUUCUCCACCGUCUAUUCUCAGCCGAAUGUCAGAUGAUGAAGAUGAUUACCUGACAGAUCCUGAUCAGAUACGUGAUUUAUUGCCUCAGCCUUAUAGAAUGAUAAAUAAGAUCAUCUAUAACCUUUUUGAUGAUAUAUGGGAGAUUAUAUCUGAAAGGGAAAAUGCUAGGAUCGCAGAGGCAUCUCGGAUUAAACCCCCAAAAUAUGAAUGUGCAAUUCAAAUGCAGCCAUUUGGCCAAGCCACUUGUCUCAGUGACAGUAUAGAUGGACGGUACAUUUUUAUUGGUCUCCCUAAUGGUCUAGCUGCAGUUGAUGCAAUGACACAACAGACAGUUACAACCUGGGAAGAUGACAAGAUAGAAGUGACACAAAUGCAGGUGUCGCUGAUUGGAGUACAGACAUAUUUGCUUUGCACAGUAGAUGACAUGGGUGUCAGUAGGUUUUUUGCCUUUGCUCAAGAUAGAAUACACCUUCUUAAAGUGGCUAGUGAGCAAGGUGGAAGUGGAAGUAAGACCAUAAUAACAAAAUGUCAGGCUUCUACUGAGGGAGACUUUGUUGGAAUAGUUUUUGAAGAUACAAGCAAUAAGGAAACAUGGAUUGAAGUUCAAAAACUACCUAGGGAUGACUGGCUUAGAGAGCUUGAAGCUACAUCAAAGAAGUCUACAUCACAAACAAAGCCACAAAGUCCUGCACCACUGGGAGAUGACAGUGAUGCUCCAGCAGAUGGAGAACAGUUACCUGGGGAGGAAAAAAUGAUAGAUGCAGAAGAUGCUGAGAAAGAAGAAAAACAAUCUGUUGGACAGAGGAGUCAGAGUCCAACAUCAUCAAGAGGGGCAAUGUCACCAGUACCCCCUGGUGGUGGAGGGAGUUCAGAAAAAAUGCAUACAAAGUUUUCUACUCCUACAUUAGUUGUAAAAAUUAGACCACCAGCUGAUAUCACAGGCUGCAAUGCUAGCACACCUCAGCAGGCCACAAAGUUAACAGAUACUGGGGAAGUUAUAGGCAGUGGUUCUAACCACUCCCUUACAGCUCACCAUUUGGAAAAUAGAAAGGCAGUGUUUGACUAUUUCCAUGAGCAGCACCUGAGAUAUUUACCAAAGGAGGAAGAGAGUGCUCAGCAACCCAUGUUUCAUUUUUUCACUGCUGGUCGACUUUUGCCAACUGGUUUAGAUAUGCCUGGCCAGGAGGGCCGUCCCUCUUCUAUUGGUGUAUGGUGGGUAGGAGGAACACAGGUCUUUUAUUACUCAUUGGUUAAGGCCAGUAAAGAUAUUGAACAUAAGCCAGAGUUUGUUUCUCCACAUUCAGAUGUAUUGACUGCUACAGCUGUGAGUCAGUGCACUUCUCUGUUAGCAGUUGGACUGAAAAAUGGAAUUGUUGUAAUAUGGGAUAUGCACAUAGGACUCAACCGUAGAUUAAUCAACCUAACAGAUGAUGCUACUAUAUUGAAGUUAGUCUUUCUCAACCCCAAUAUAUGUGGUCAAGACAAGGUGCAUUAUCCUCCUUAUGGCACUAAGACAAACAGCUACCUGUUAGCUUGGUGCAGUGAUGGCAGUGUAUACUUGGUCAAUUGUGGUAUGGGAAAGACUUCGCAGCCUAUAACAGUCAUGCCCAAAAUGUCAGAUCAGGACAAUUUGCCUACAAUGGUUGAGCCAGUGAAUGGAGUUCCAGAAGUGAUCCUUGUUGUGAAAAGAAAUGGAACAGCAUUCUUGCUGGAUGUGACCAAAGGCAACUCCCUUCCUCUGUGCCAGGUCAACCUGCCUACCACACAUGAACUGACCACUCCCUGGGACCCAGUUAUAACUGUGGGUGGACAAGGACACAUGAUGUACCUCAAAGCAUCUCAGAAGGAUCCCAGUGAAGACUAUGUACCUAACAGUGGCAUGUCAUCCCUCUUUGUAUUUACAUUGAGGUCUUUCCCAACUCUCGAUGACUAUUUGAGGAGACAAAGGCCAGAUAUUCCAUAUGUUAUCCACAACACAGUGGACAAAAGAAUAGAAACUCUUUUGAAAGAAAGAAUAAAUCAGCAAGCAUCAAGGCAGCGUCGCAUGCAGGAACGAUGGAUCAACCUGAAAAAUGAACUGGAUAUCAUUCAACAGAUCAAAGACACUAACAAGAGAAAUGCAGAUUUGAGAUCAGAAUAUGUAAGUGUCAUUGUUUUUAAACUGUCAAUCAUUGUGAGCAUCUUUGUUGAGCAUAUUGACAGCACCACAAAUUUUAACCAUUCAACACUCUUUAAAAAUUGUAUGCACCCAUUGAAACCAUUAACAGUAGAAGUAGAUAUUUUACAUUAAGCUGCAAAUAUAAAAUAAAGCCUUUCUUAUGAAAUCCAAGGAACCUAUCAGUUUUUUCUAUUGAAUCAUUAUUUACUGAAUUUAGUAGCAUUCAAAAACGGCUUUUCAUUGAACAUGUGCAUAUACUAGUACGUACCUAUGCAAAUGAAUGUUUGGGAGGUAGGGUAUACUGGAAUCACCUUGUCAGUCCAUAUGUAAGUCUCAAAAUUUAAAUUUGCCUUAUAUCUAAGACUUUUUUGCUAAGAUCCAAAUACUCCAUAGGUCAUGACCAUAUGUGGCCUAGGAAUAUUGUGUACACCAGGUCAAAGGUCAUUUUGCCCACCCCAAAUUUGAAUUUAUCACGAAGACCACCCCAGAUCAGUGAGCCCAUGAUUGGGAACUAUAUAAAAAAUGAGCAGGAAGUCAUGUAUGGAGAUUUUCAAAUAUGACUAUAGAUUUGAUCUUUGACCCAUCUUUCAAGGUUUAAUGUUUUUCACAUAAAGGCACAAAUUUUUUCUCAGUCACUUCUGUUGCACAUAUUUGAUUUUGUCUGUUUGGCACUUUAUGACUUACAUGUUAUGUUUAUUAAAUAAAUCUAAGGAGGUUAUUUAAUCUCAAUUUAUGUUUCGAGUUAUAUCAGUAUAUUUCUUCAAUCUUUUGUCAGUAGUUUAGUUUUUCUUUUGUUGCACGAUUGAAUUUUUAUCAUCUUCAUUAUUUCAGCUUAAUUACUUUAUUUCUUACCAUUGUUUUAGUUGCACCCUUAAUCCAGGUUGAAGCUGCUGCACAAAGAGUUGGUAUGAUUGCACAUACUAAUAUAUACUAAUUUACCUUUCUCCCUCCCCUAUUGUUGUAUACAUUUUUGAUGAAUAGACAUCAGAAACACCCUUUUAGCAUCAAACAAACUACAACAUAGUUUAACCAUUUAAUUUAAAGUGUUUGUGGCAGCAAAGAUACUGGCUUUCCCUUAUUUUUAUUGCAAAGCAUGCAAACUGCAUUUUCCUGGGAUGAUAUAUAAAAAAAGAUGUAUUAUAUAAGUUGGGGCUUGGCAGCUCUGCUUGUGGGCCAUUUAUUGAAUACCUAUAUAUUUACUCUUCACUGUUACAGUAUCAGUCCACCUAUAACCAUGAUGUUUAGUAGACUAUAGUUAUUGUAUCUUAACCCAGUGAACAAUGGAAGUUUUCAAUAUAUAAAUGAGCAACAUCAAAAAGAUCAUUAAUUUUGCCAUGUUUGCAUCAUUUUUGCCUUAAAAGUUACUUAAAAUAUUUGGCUAAUGAUAUGGGAAUUGAAGUUAAAUACCCACUUCACAACUUAAAACUGAGAUAUCAAGGAAUUGUUUCCUUUGCUGUUGCUUAAGCAAAACAUUUGUCCUGUAGUCUUGCAUGUUGAUAACACUGUGCUAGAAAUUAGACUAGAUAUCACUGUUGUUCUCAUUAGAUGCGCAAACUGUGGGAUGCAGAGGUUUGUAUGUACUUGGGUAGGCUUUUAAUUGACAAAAUUACUUAAAUUUCAUUGAUGCAUGUUUGUUAUUGUGUGUUUUGAAAAUACUAUCUGUUGGCAAAACGAUACACAAAGAAUAUUCAUUUCCACACUUACUGAGGUGCCUCUUUGUUGGUGGAGUUAUAUCUGUUACUUUACAAUUUGUGACCAUUUUGAAGAGUUUAAUUGUGAGACUUUUGGUGACAUUCACUUCAUUUAACUUAUGUUAAAUUUUCAUGUUAAUUGUUAUUACUAAUAAAAUUGUUGUAAUGAACUUUUAUACCCAUGUCAAAUAUCAACCAAACAUUAGUGUAACCAUUCUGCAUUAAGCCUAGCAUGUGUCAAAAAUGUUAAAUGCCAAAAAUAACUAAUACUUCAUCAGUGACUAAGAAGUUCCUCAUUAUGACCAAAAAGUUCAUGAUUAUGUACUUCUCAUCUUUCAGUCUGAAUCCACCAUAUCCAGGACAACACUGCUUGGUUAGAUUCUGCAAGUUUGAGCUAAGAGAAUGAAUGUAAACAGCAUGGAACCAAGAGCAAAUUUAUGUAUAUUUGUACAUAAAUGUAUUGUACAAAAGACGGAGAGUGAACUUUUGAAUUGUUUUGUGUAUUUGAAAUAUUUCUGGAAACUUAAUACAAAUAAAAUUUGUU